AUGGUUGAUAAAUUAUCAGCAGAACAAAUUGUGGAGUUCAAAAAAGCUUUCGCCUUCUUUGAUAAAGAUGGCAAUGGAAGUAUUACAGCAGAUGAAGUAAGCUCAGUUAUGGUGUCCCUGGGUUUGGAUCCUUCAACAGUGGACCUCCGGAAGUGUAUUGAUGAGGUGGAUGGGGAUGGCAGCGGUGGGAUCGACAUGGAUGAGUUUAUCGAAAUGAUGGCCACCACCUUGUUAGGAAGUGACAGUGACACUAGUAGUGAUACUAGUUGCACUGAGGAUGACGAAGAUGAAGAAGAAGAUGACAAAGAUGAAGUUACCAUGGAAAAAAAAUGUGUAGAAGCAGAAGUGAAAGGUGGAGAUGACGUGGCAGAGAACACAGCCAAAACAGUGAAGAAAAAAGAGGAAACAGUAGAAGAGACGAAAGAGCAGGAGGAAGAGCCAGAAAAUCCUGUGACAAUAUUAGUUAGUGAGGAAGAACCCUCGUUGUUUGAUGCCUUUCGUACAUUCGACAAGGAUGGUGAUGGUUUUGUCAGCGCUGAUGAAAUUCGUCAGGUUACAGCAGAGCUUGGCGACAAGUUUACUGAUAAAGAAGUGGAAGAUAUGAUUCGCGAUGCCGACGCUGAUGGUGAUGGCCAAAUCGACUAUGAGGAGUUUGCAAGAAUGAUGGAAGGCAAAUAA